AACUAUCUUAUCUUCUCGUCGCCACGCGCCAAGCCUCUCCCGGAAACUUCCUCUCCCAAAACCCUGCGCCUCAGCUCAGAGGCUCAGGCCCACUCGCCGGAGAUGGCCGGCGGCGACCUCCUCCUACGCACCCAUGGCAGCCUCCCCGUGCUAGCCAGGGCCUUCCCCUGCCGCCUCCGCCUCCGCGUCCCUGCUGCCCGCCGCCACCGCCGGGGCGCUCCUCCGCUGACCGCCGCCAAGGUCGACGUCGCCGACGUCGUGGGCCGUGCGAGGCCGGCCGACGCGGCCGUACCGAAGCGAAGGCGGAGGGACGCGGAGGAGGAGGAGGAGGAGGAGGAGGAGGGCGUCGCGUUCUCGAGGGUGGUGACGAGCAGGGGAAGAGGCGUCCACGAGGAGGACGUGGUGGAAGCGGAGGCUCCGGAAUUUGAUGGGGAGAAGCGCGGCGCUGAGGAGGCGGGAGGCGUGGAUGGCUCGUACCUCAGCGACACACGGUUCGAUCAAUGUGGUAUUUCUCCGUUGUCAAUGAAAGCCGUCAAAGAUGCUGGAUAUGAAAGGAUGACCCAGGUGCAGGAGGCAACUCUACCUAUAAUCCUUCAAGGCAAAGAUGUUCUUGCCAAAGCAAAGACAGGAACCGGAAAAACUGUUGCCUUUUUGCUUCCAGCCAUUGAAGUUCUCUCCGCAUUACCUAAUGCUCGGAGGGAUCAACUACGGCCAUCCAUAAAUUUGCUGGUGAUGUGCCCUACUAGGGAGCUUGCAAACCAAGUAGCUGUUGAGGCCAAGAAGCUUCUCAAGUAUCACCGCUCAUUGGGAGUACAAGUUGUCAUCGGUGGCACACGAUUAACCCAAGAGCAACGAAGCAUGCAAGCUAAUCCCUGCCAGAUUCUUGUUGCUACGCCUGGAAGGCUUAAAGACCAUGUUGAGAACACACCUGGUUUCUCGACCCGGCUAAAAGGUGUGAAGGUUCUUGUUCUUGAUGAAGCUGACCGGCUGCUGGAUAUGGGAUUCAGAAGAGACAUUGAGAGAAUAAUUGCUUCUGUUCCUAAAGAGCGACAGACACUGCUAUUUUCUGCUACUGUGCCAGAAGAGGUCCGGCAAAUUUCUCAUAUUGCAAUGAAGAAGGAUUACAAAUUCAUCAACACCGUUAAGGAUGGUGAUGAGGAGACACAUGCACAGGUGAGCCAGAUGUUCAUGAUCGCACCACUAGACCUGCACUUCUCUAUUUUAUAUGAUGUAUUGAAGAAGCAUGUUGCAGAGGAUGCGGACUACAAAGUGAUUAUAUUCUGCACUACUGCGAUGGUCACCAAACUUGUUGCUGAAGUUCUUUCCCAACUGAAACUGAAUAUAAGAGAGAUUCAUUCCAGAAAGUCACAAUCUGCCAGAACUAAGGUCUCAGAUGAAUUCAGGAAGUCAAGGGGUCUGAUAUUAGUUAGCUCUGAUGUAUCUGCCCGUGGCGUGGAUUAUCCUGAUGUCACCCUUGUCAUACAGGUUGGGGUGCCAGCUGAUAGACAACAAUAUAUACAUAGACUUGGUAGAACCGGACGGAAAGGCAAGGAAGGGCAAGGCCUAUUACUAUUGGCUCCCUGGGAAAAGUACUUCCUUAGUAGCAUUAAUGAUUUAUCAAUUUCAGAGUCUCCGACACCUUCUGUUGAUUCAAGCACUCGCACAGAAGUCAAAGAUGCAGUCCGAAAAGUUGAGAUGAGGAGCAAGGAGUGUGCCUAUCAAGCAUGGUUAGGAUACUACAACUCUAACAAGACCAUUGGCCGGGAAAAGUCUAGACUUGUUAAGCUUGCAGAAGAGUUCAGCCAGAGCAUGGGUCUUGCAGCUCCGCCAGCCAUACCGAAACAAAUUCUUCGAAAGAUGGGACUAAGCAAUGUUCCUGGGCUGCGAUCUACAUAAUUCUGAUUCUUGGAAGGUCAAGCUGCACUUUGUGCUAAAGCCUAGAGAGGCAGAGAGCACACUAUCAGCAUCUGACCAACCACGGUGCCCUCUCUGCGGCGUAUACGGUAAACUUCACACUAUGUGAUGUACCUCACUGCUGCAAUGCUGCAGAUAUUUGAGCUUUGCAGAUCGGUGGGUUGAUAUUGGUCAGCAAUUUGGACGAUCAACACUAUGCAUGAUCAUUUCUUUCAGAGUUCAGGAGUUCCCAAUUCAACUAUUCAAGCACGACUACGGGUGGGUGUCCUUUUUGAAGCGAAAUCUUGACUGGUCCGAUACGAAGAGCAGUUCAAACAGGCAGUGAUUUCCCACUAGCUCAUAUAGUGCAACACACGAGGAUUUUCUUCUUUUUUUUCCAUUGUUCUGGUCCAUUUUGAGAUGUAUUCGCUUACUCACUGUAUACCACAUUGCACUGGGCAGGUAACUAGGUGAUCAGAUUUACUGUUUUGAAUUUGAAUUUCCCGAGAACCAUUCGAAUUCAACUAGUUCGUCCAAGCCGAAUUCACUAAACAAGAAAAUUGUACGCCAAAUAUUCGAACAGCAGAUAGGAAGGGGGAAUCAAAAUCUGUAGAGAUUGAGAGUUGAAGCAAUCGACACAGAUUGUAUUGCAUACUCGUGUAUUUAUACAUCUACGGAGG